AUGGAUCAAACACCCAAGUCCGGUAAGCCAACUCUUCCUGGAAUGCAGGCGCUGGAAAAUCUUGGGACCCUCUCUUACUCAAGCCCGCAAAAUGGAGUUCGAACUCCAGUUCUGGAUUCUCUUGAUAACCCUCUCCGGACCCCGGAUUCGCGUGGACCAGUCCUGCCGCCGCUCCAUCUCGGCCCUAUUGAGAUGGAAGUUUCUCCUCGCGGACCGCCCAAGACCGUUCGUCAACCUUUCUCGCUGCCUCACUCUACUAAAGCUGACCGGACAUCUAGUUUGCUGAGCUACCCCCCUCCUCCUCUGAUUGACUAUGGAAACGAGAAAAGCGCAUCACUUCCGCCGACUCCCAUCACGGAGGGACGGUUCCGUCAUCAUGGCCAUGCCACCCCGAGACAAGGAGGUAAGCUGAAUAUGCCAAUAUGGUUUACUAUCAUCACAGGCCUCAUUUUCAAAGAGAAGACUAAUGUUGCUCUCACAGGAUACUGGGUACACAGACUAAUCCAGAGCCCUAUGCCGGCGCGCCAAAGCGAAUCGAUGCCACCCCCAGAGCCUGCCACGCCUCGCCCGACCAGCACCAAGAGAAUUGCGUUCAAGACCCCCGAGCGAGCUGGAAGAUGUGGCCCUGAGAGCCUUCGUACCCAAUACCCUAUCACGCCGAACCAGAGCCCAUCAGUCACUAGCCCUCCCAACCCACCUCCCCUUCGGACCCUGCCCAAGCAGGUCAUGCACUUUGACGAAGUCUCGGCGCACACGGCCAAGUGCGAUACCUGCAACCUCCGCAAUAACCAGGGAAUGACUCGUUGCGGUGGAUGCGGUUGGCAGCUUUGCCACAAUUGCCGUCAGAAGCGUGGAGGUAACCUGAGCCACAUGACAUUCUCUGCUGAGCACACCGAUGGGCAGAGAGGCCCGGCUGGCUCGCCGCUGCGACACGAGUACACACCUACAACACCCCAGGUAAGUAUUCGCAACCUCCGACCUGCUUUUCUGCAGGCACGUGCGGCUGAAGCUCUGGUCGAGAUGCAAUCUUCUCCCGACUUGCAGGAGAGUCCGGCCUCGCCGUCCAUGCCAAUCGGCUCGGACAUAGAUACACCGACCCCGACCCCGGCAGCUCGCACCACCGGCCGAACUCGAAGCCGCUCCCACGACAGCGACGAGACUCUGUCCAUGCCUGCGGCCGAGAAUAACAAAGAUGAGCUCGAGAACGAGAGUCUGCGCCUCUUCGAGGCUACUCGUCGCAAUCCCCCUCGACGUGCUCGCUUGCAGCCUCGUUGCACUCAAAAGCUACGCCGCCUCGACCAUUGA